UGUGUCUGUACUGGUUAACAUCAUGAGCGUCGCUGCGUUGUCUCAGGUGCAGUCGAUCGCAGAGAGGCUGAUUGUGUUCCUGCUCAGUCAAGUGGUGGAGAGGUGUUUCCAGGAGGAGGCACUGUUCUUGCUGCAUCCCCGCACAGAGAGACUUAAACUGCUGUGGAGUGAAGGAGAGGCGGUCGGCUUCUACUCCGUCAAACACAAAGGUGUUCUGUGUGACGACUGGAGCGGCCGCUGUUACCUGCUUCCUGUUCUCGACACCGUGCUGGUGAGGCGGAGCCGUAGGAGGCGGGGCUUCGGCCUGAAGAUGCUGCAGGAUUUUUGCUCCUCCUUUGCCACAGAAGAGUUUGUUGGGCUCAGCACUCCGUUAUCAGUUAGCAUGUUAGCAGUGUGCAGGACGUUUCUGCAGCAGCAUCACGAGCAUCGGGAGCGUCUGUACGAGGUGGAGGCUCCAGGAGCCUGGAGCCAACGACGCAACAUCUGGCUCAACAUCCAGCUGAGAGACAGCAGCACGGGGGACACUGAGGACACCAGGGACACAGAGGACACCAGAGACACAGAGGACACGUAGCUCCUGCAUAUGAUUUCAUGUUUGUGGACACAAUGUGAGAAGACACUGUCACAAACUGUCCUAAUCUCAGUUUAAGACAUUUUCAUUUUCAUGUUUGAUCAAACGUGAGGACUAAGUCCUCGUCUGUUUUAAAGUAAAAAAAUAAAUCAGUUCAGACUCCUGAA